CAGUGUAAGUCAGUCCUUCAACAUUUUUAUCCUGAACGUCACCUGAAAUAAAGAGCAUCUCUGCCAAAGUCCAAUUACAUUUUACUGUUUACAUUAUCACACUCAGCUCAAAUUAAUGUGCUAUAAAAACGUUAAAAGUAAAAACAUUAAAGUAGGGAUGCACCGAUACCGAUACUGGUAUCGGGUAUCGGGGCCGAUACUGUAAAAUGUGUACGUACUCGUACUCGUAAAAGCUAACCGAUACCAUGAACCGAUACUAAUUUACUUCAUGAAUCAGAAGGUGGCCUGUACUUUCUGUUGUAAUUUUUUAGAUUGGCCGCUAGGGGGACAUGUCACUAGGGGGUUAGGCAAGUGAGACUGGCGGCUCCUGCAGCUACGCUAAACAAAAUGUCAGCAGUGUGGACUUACUUCAAAAUUUGUGUAGAUGACAAAAGCAAGGCAGAGUGCAAACUGUGUACCGGUAAGGUGUCCAGGGGAGGGAAGGAGAGUACAUCGUUCAAUACAAGCAAUUUAAUAAAACACCUGAGGACACAUCAUGCUCAGGAGUACACCGAGUUUGCUAAGGCUAACGCAAGACCAGAACAGCCCACUUUAACACAGGUUUUGGAAAAGCGACAAAAAAUGUCUAGAGAAAAUCCACGAGCAGUAAAAAUAACAGAGGCUCUAACUCAUUUUAUCGCUCUGGAUGACCAGCCACUGUCGGUCGUGGAAAACGUAGGAUUUCGCCGCCUUCUCAGCGUACUCGAGCCGCGAUAUGAGAUUCCCAGCCGCCCAUACAUCACGGACAUAAUGCUGCCAAAACUUUUUGAAGAUGUAAAAAAACACGUGCAUAACCUCUUGCAGGAGGUUUCAGCCUUAAGUUUCACUACCGACAUUUGGACAAGCAGUGUGUCCCCGAUGUUGCUCCUCAGUUUAACGGCGCAGUGGAUUGAUGAGGAGUUUGUUCGUCAUCAAGUAACACUACAUGCAAAGUCGUUCAGGGGCUCGCACACCAGCCAAACCAUCGCAGCUGCUUUCGAUAGCAUGCUUCAAACCUGGGAUAUACCAAAGACGUCCGUCCACGUAGUGCUCUGGGACAACGCAAGAAAUAUGAUAAAGGCCAUGAGUUAUGCUGAGCUGCCCAGCCUGCCUUGUACUGCUCACACUCUCCAGUUGGUUGUUCAUGAGGGCCUUCUGUCACAGAGGAGUGUUGCUGAUGCGGUGGCAGUUGGCCGCAAAAUAGUUGGACAUUUUAAACAUUCUGCUCUGGCCAGCUCCCGUCUCGAGGACAUUCAAUUACAGAUCAACCAGCCUGUGAAGCGGCUCCAGCAAGACGUUCAGACCCGCUGGAACAGCACCUUUUAUAUGGUACAGUCAUUGAUCGAGCAGAAACGGGCUCUGGGAAUAUUUGUGUCUGAAUAUGGACUCCCUGAUACUCUCACGGCUCACCAAUGGACACUGCUGGAGAAGGUGAUAUCUGUUCUGGGUCCAUUCGAGGAGUUAACUCAAAAAGUCGGCUCUUCAGAUGCCACGGCUGCAGACGUCAUUCCAGCCGUCACUGUGCUCCACAGAUUUCUAACAAGGGAGACUGACGAGGACCAUGGGAUCAAAGCAAUGAUGGGAACCUUGGCUGCAGCUGUCAGGACGCGGUUCACUGAUGUGGAGGAAAACCCACUCAAUAGCAUCGCCACGCUACUCGAUCCCAGAUAUAAAAAUCGUUUUUUCUCCAGCACCACAACUGCUGUAAAUGCCAAGGAGAUGCUAAAACUUGAGCUGCUAAGGUUGCCUGGAGAGGAGGAUCAUGACCUGAAUGAACCACCUUCAAGAAAAGCACGCAGUGACCAGCCCACAACUAGUUUUGACAGCAUGUUUGAUGAAAUUGCAUUAGCAGGCAUCAGCAUCAGUGGGCAGAGCUGCGGUAGGUUCUAGUGUAGAGUUAGAGACAUAUCUUGGAGAGGCCGCAAUUUUACGAGAAGACAAACCUCUACAAUACUGGAUGGUUAAUAAAGUGCGGUUCCCAAACCUGGCUAAAAUGGCGGGCAGAUACCUUUCAGCACCAUGUGCAAGUGUAGAUAGUGAAAGGCUGUUCAGCUUAGUGUCACACAUUGUGAAUGAAAGCAGAAACAGGCUCACAGCUGAUCAUGCAGAGAUGAUUCUUUUCAUCAAAAAGAACCUGCCUCUCACUUUCCCAAAAACAGUUUAGUUCGGAGGUCACACUAUUGCUUGCUGACUGAAUUUUUUUUUUGUUUGAUUAAAAUGUGGACACUCUGCAAUAGGUGGUUCAUUAAUGUAAUGUGAAUCUGAAAGCUGUAGACAGUGCCACAUAGUUCACUGUUAUUUUGUUUGGAUAUAAUAUGGACAUUAUGCAAUAAUUUAACAAAAGUGUUUAUUUUAUUCUGAAACCUAAGUUUUAUUUGUUUUAUUCUGAACAGAAGUGUUUAUUUUUUCAAUCUGAAAAGUGGGAAAGAGAUCCAAAGAGUUCAGUUAUUUAUUUAUUUGUUUUUACAAUGUGGAUAGUCUGCAAUAGGUUCAUUAACGUUAUGUCUGAAAGCUGGAGACUCCAAAAUACUUGAGUUAUUUUGUUUGUUUGUUUGUUUACAAUGUGGACACUGGACAAUUUAAGAGAAGUGUUUAUUUUUUACUUGAAAUGUAAUUUUUGUGGUCUUUUUUAUUAAUAUUUUAUUUUUUAUUGACACAGAAUAAAAAAAACUGUCUUCCAAUUCAUUGCAUUUUUUAUGUGUGUGUGUGGUAGAAGUAUCGGUUUUUGUACUCGGUAUCGGCAAGUACUCAGAUCUAAGUAUCGGUAUCGGAUCGGUUUGAAAAAAUUGGUAUCGUUGCAUCCCUACAUUAAAGUAAUACUAGUUUAAUGAUACAAUAACACAAUUCUCAAACACUAUCCCUAAAAACCUGUGAUUAGAGUCUGAAUAAUCAUUCAGAGCUGCCAGUAGAAUUGCUAACAUGCUAACACACUUUGAUGAGCAGAGUUGUUUCAAACAGUCGGGCUGACAAGAUAAAAAUAUA